UAGAGAUGUCAAUCAUUUGAAGAGCGGGGAGAGGCCUGAAGGGUCGGGGUCUUGACUCAUUUCACAUCAGACAAGAUAGGAUAGGAGACGGGUUCCCAGUCUCCUAUCCUAAAGCAGGGUGGGGUCAAGGAGGGCAGAGUUGGAGGGCGUGGCUAAUCACAGGGAGGCGUGUCUUCGCACCAGCCCCACCUCUUAGGGGCGUGGCCAGAGGGCGGGUUCGUGAGCCCCUGGAGCCAGGCCAUAGGACCCCACCUGCUCUACCCGCCGCGGCCCGGAUGCGUAGGCUCUAGAGUCUACCGGGCACAGUCUACUGGGCGCGAUGCCGGGGGGCGAGCGGGCUUUCUCGACUUAGGAGAUCGGGUGUUUGGGACGCCGGAGUAGGGACAAGGAGGUCGCGUUCUGGAAGAUGCGCAGGGCCGGUGUCUGCCUGGGGCAGCACCUGAGGGGACAACUGCUGCUCACCUGGUCAGGUGCGCGGCUGGCCGGCGCCCCGCCCCGGGAGGCGGGCCCGAAGCCGUCCUUCCACUUCCUGGCAGGUGUGCGGCGGCGGCGCGGAGCGGUUGGGUGCGAUGAAUAACCCUAUACCUUCGAAUCUGAAGUCAGAAGCAAAGAAGGCUGCUAAAAUAUUAAGAGAAUUCACAGAAAUAACUUCGAGAAAUGGACCUGACAAGAUCAUCCCUGCCCACGUUAUUGCCAAGGCCAAAGGCCUGGCUAUUCUGUCCGUGAUCAAAGCCGGCUUCCUGGUGACGGCGCGGGGAGGCAGCGGCAUUGUCCUGGCACGCCUUCCAGAUGGAAAGUGGUCUGCACCCUCGGCCAUCGGGAUUGCUGGCCUCGGUGGGGGAUUUGAAGUUGGAAUCGAGGUCUCAGAUCUCGUGAUAAUUCUGAACUAUGACAAGGCUGUGGAGGCCUUUGCAAAAGGCGGGAACCUGACCCUAGGGGGCAACUUCACUGUGGCAGUGGGGCCCCUGGGAAGGAACCUGGAAGGCAAUGUGGCCCUCAGGAGUCCUGCAGCUGUCUUCACCUACUGCCGGUCCCGGGGGCUCUUCGCUGGCAUCUCUUUGGAAGGGAGCUGCCUGAUCGAGAGGAAGGAAACCAACCGGAAGUUUUACUGUCAGGACAUCCGCGCCUAUGACAUUUUGUUUGGAGAUGUGCCACGGCCUGCUCAGGCAGAAGAUCUCUAUGAAAUUCUCGAUUCCUUCACCGAAAAGUAUGAGCAGGAGGGGCAGCGCAUCAACAUGAGGAGAGCCGCCCGUGAGCAGCAAAAGGCUAAAGAAUUACCUCCAAAACCAGCAUCAAGACCACAGCAGUCAUCAAGACCCCUGCAGCCCAACAUGGGCUCUCAAAGUAAUAGAAAUGAACAUAAGCUGUAUCCUGAGCUCCCUGGCUAUCGUGAGAGAGUCGGCGACUCCAGCCAGCCAGCAGAGGUGACAGCACUGUAUUCUUUUGAAGGGCAGCAACCUGGCGACCUGCCCUUUCAAGCUGGAGACAGAAUCACAGUGCUGUCAAAAACGGAUUCACACUUCGAUUGGUGGGAAGGAAAACUUCGAGGCCAAACAGGCAUUUUCCCAGCCAAUUAUGUAACCAUGAAUUAAAGUUUAUUUUAUUUUCUUCAUGGCAAAUUAUUUUUAAAAAAGUUAUUUCUCUGUUCACAGGAUUUACUACCCAGAAAAGCACUGUUUAAUACAAGUUUAAAAUUACUUCUGCUGCAAAUUUUUAAUCCAAUUCAUACUUUUCUCCCUCUGUAAAUAAAUGAUUAAUUUAUGAA